UAGCUGUCCUCCUUCCAUAGCUGUACACAUCUCUCUCUCUUUCUGACUUAAUCUGCCCUGGCCUUCUGUGGUUAUUUCUGGACCGUAGAAACAUUUGAGGACUUCAAGGAAGAAACAAGCACUUUUUUUCUUCAGUUAAUCUCUCUUUGACUCUUCUGUUUUGCUGGGCCUGGUUCAUUGUGAGCUCAGUGGUUGUGGCUCUCUUGUCUGUGCCUGAAGGACUGACGAUUUGGGGACAGUACUGAGGACAACUCGGCAGGUUUUUUUUGAUCGACUGAAUAAAGGAGAAAAGAGGCCAUCAAAAUGCUGCGAGAAGUGGGAUCCAGUAUUAUGGUGUUUUAUGAGUAUGUGUUGCAAAGAACGGACCACCGGUUGUUGCCCUACCCGUUGAUGCGGACCCCCUUCCAGAUGACCAGCAUCCUGAUGGGCUAUGUGUUCUUCUCGCUGUACGCAGGGCCUCGGUUGAUGGCCAACCGCAAGCCCUAUAACCUUAAAACAGCCAUGAUCGUCUAUAACUUCAGCAUGGUGUCCCUGAAUGCCUUCCUAGUCUAUGAGUUCCUGAUGUCAGGAUGGGGCACCACCUUUACCUGGAGAUGUGACCUGUGUGACUACUCAAGCAACCCACAGGCUCUGAGGAUGGUUCAAGUGGCCUGGUGGUUUUUCUUCUCUAAAUUAACCGAGCUUCUGGAUACCUUUUUCUUUGUGCUGCGUAAGAAACACAGCCAAAUCACAUUUCUACACGUCUUCCAUCACUCCUUCAUGCCCUUCACGUGGUGGUGGGGAAUUACCAUUGCUCCUGCAGGGGGAAUGAGCUCGUUCCAUGCCAUGGUCAACUGCUGUGUCCACGUCAUCAUGUACACCUACUACGGCCUGUCUGCUGCUGGACCUCGCUUCCAGAAAUACCUCUGGUGGAAGAAGUACAUGACUGCAAUCCAGCUGGUCCAGUUUGUGCUGAUCUCACUUCACAUCUCUCAGUACUACUUCAUGGAGAAGUGUGACUUUCAGGUGCCCAUGUUCAUUCACCUUAUCUGGAUGUACGGCACCUUCUUCUUCCUACUCUUCUCCAACUUCUGGAUUCAGGCCUACGUGAAGGGGAAACGGCUGCCUACGGCAACCAUGGAGAAGCUAAAGCAGAAUGGCGUUAUCAACGGCAUUAUCAACGGCGACGUUACCGUGGUCCUCAACGGCAAGCCACUGGAGAAUGGCAACGGGACAACAGCGCAUCGUGUCAACGGCCAUAACCAACUAGGCAAAGUGAAGGAAGUCUAGUUUUGUUCUUUUGGAAGGGGAAACAUAACUGUCUGAAGGAGCCUCCAAAAUGCCAAAGAUUCCAAAAAAGUAUACUUUUAUAUUAGCUACUGAUCACUUUCCUCAAAUGUAUAUUUUUAUAUUUAUCCCCACAGUUUGUGGGAUAUGAAUGGCGUAAUGGAUUUGGCAGUUAGUCCCUACUUGCUGCACUGUGUUUGUUAAAUUGUGGGUGGUUGAGGGAACAUAGUGUGAUCUAACUGUAGAUCACCCUGUAUGAAGAGGUGUCAUCGUCACUAAUAUUCACCUCAAACCCAGGCUUGAAACAGCCAAUGAUAGCCCACCCAUGGACUCUUCUGGUUGUUUGGCUGGCAUUGCUUGAGAAUAUUGUAGUUUUGACUGAAAGGACUGGAACACGCUUGUAAAUAGCGUACACAGUUCACUUUCAAAGAGGUGGGGUUUGUGUUAAUGUCCAACAGUUUUUUUUGCUGCUGUUUGUAUAUUUAACUUCUUGAAAUAAAACCUAUUUUAAGUGUAA